AUGGUAAUAGGGAAAAAGGGCAUUAAAAGAAAACGGAAAAUAACUAGUUGCGUUUACUGUUAUCAACAUAAAGUUAAGUGUGAUCGUCAAACUCCCAAAUGUUCCAAUUGUGUAAAAUAUAAUCUUGACCAAUGCCUUUACGGACUUGAACGACCUGAAUCGAAUAAUAGCAAAAAAAUAGAUAAAACUUUUACCCUUACUAAUUCAAAGAAUCACAAAGUCAGUAAAAAUCCACGAGCGAAUAUUACUCUAACUAAUUAUGAACCAACAGUUUUCAAAUCUAAAACAUUGGCCCCAUUUUUCACCGAAUCUGUUAAGCAAGAAUUAUUGCUAACCAAUAGUGUUACUACCGAUAGUAAUACCAAUGGGUCUCAACUGUUAAAUUUUGUUAAUAAUUGGGAUCGACUUGAUAUUAGCAAGAUAAUAGAUUUAAUACCCAAGUCAGAAAAUGAAUUAACUGGUUCAACUAACACAUUUUUCAACAAUAUCCAUCCGAUUAUCCCCAUUUUGGACCAAAAUAUCAUAACAAGACUAGUUAAAAACAGCUGUGCCAGCAUGUCUGCCAAUAAUUCAAAAAUAGAUAUUUCUGACUUGAUACUAAUUUUUACUAUACUAUUUACCACUUCUUACACAAAUAGAAUAACCAAUACCACUAAAAAAUCCACAGAGGAUCUCUUUAAUCAAUACUACAAUGCAUACCGAUCAUUAUUGGAUAUCAGUGGUUCCUUGGAAUAUGGAACACCACGGUUAGGUAUAUUGCAAUCCAUGGUUAUCAUCUCAUUUGUCAUGGAUCCCAAUAUGAGACACUGUUGCGAUAAAUCCGCCUUUUUCAUUAGGCAGGCGCAACAGUUGGGAAUAAAUAAAUCGCCGGGAAGAUUGCAAACCAUGCUUUGGCAUUUUAUACUUUAUAUGGAAGGGUCUUCCUCGGUAGUUAAUGGUAUGCCAUUCUUAAGCCCGAAUUAUUUUUACGACGAAGUUGAGUUGCCCUCUUUAGAUAUUUUGGAUAAAAAACAUUAUUACAUGGCUUUUACUGUUGGAAGAUUUAUAAUUAAUGAAAAAUUCAGGCUUAUUAUGGAUAUUAAUGAUAGCAACACAAUAUCAAUGGACGAUAUUGUAAAUCUGUAUGGCGAAAUAAACAAACUAUGCGACUCCAUUUGUAAGAACAAUUCAAUUUAUGGAAGAUAUUUUUCAAGCACCCUUUAUAUUUUUUUGUAUAGGGUACACUUAAGAUAUAUGAAACUGCUAAUUCUAUCAGAUAAGGAAAAUUCAAAUGAUACGUUUAUUUCUAGGGAUGAACAACACAAAGAAGGGUCUCUUAACAGUGAUACAACCGAUUUUAGUAAGGAAAAAAAAAUAACCAAAAGAUUCUCUGAGAUCGGGCUAAAAAGUAUUUUAGGUGACAAUGCCCACACCAAUACAGGCAUUGUAGAAAUUUCGAUUUUAUUACUCUUCCAUACUUGUAUUAGAUUACAAAAAACGCAGAAAAGCGCUGCCAGUAGUUCCAAUAACAGCAAUGUGCUCAGUAAUUUUUUAUGGUACACUUUAGGUUCGACUCCUAUGCAGUAUUUAUUUGUUGUUAUCAAAGACUUAUAUAACAACAAUAGGGCGAAAAAAGGCAAGAAUAGCUUCGAGUAUGCUUUUCUAAAUUUAGGUCCUCAUGUGCUACAAUCUAUUCCAACUGAGGUAUUAAACAUAGUUUCAUCGAACGUGGCCUGUGCAGCUUAUUAUCCAUAUUUGUUAGUGGAUGUGGUUAUCAUGUUAUUAGAAACCCACCUGCUGCAUUUAUGGACCGAGGAUUAUGUAAAUAAAUUUAUAUUAGUUAAAUAUCUCAAGGGUAAAGUUUGGGAAGCUAAUUCAGAACACAUACAAGAAUAUUUAGACGGAAAUUAUACAGUGCCCGAUUUUUUUAAACCAUUUGUUUCUGUUAAGGAGCUGCAACAGGAAAAAAGGAAUACCAGAGACAGCAAUGAAAGGCCAUUGCCAUUAUCAUCAGAAUAUCGUCUCAAUGGCAAGCAAGAGGACCUUUUUGUUGCAAAUAAUGUCGACAACAAUACUAACAACAAAGUGUCUGAUAUUAUAGACCAGCUUAUCUAUGAAGAGGACUUUUUUAAUUGGACUUUGGACCUUUAG